GUCAUUUUAAAUUGAUAUAGAAUCUUCUGGAAUAUCACUUUUCUAGAAUAUUCUAGGAUGUAUUGGAACACUCUAGAGUUGUCCAUGGCUCUGUAUAAAUGUGGAGCAGUCUCUUGGCCCGAGCAUCGAUCAAUAGAAAGUCACAAAUUUCUUCUUCGUCUUCUAAGUUCCAGACAUGGCUUUGCAUUUCUAUGGUGGCAAUGGCAGCAGCAUCUUCGAUCCCUUCGAGGAGCUCUCGUCGAUCUUGGCUGGUGGCCACGAGCCGUCGAAGCAGAUGGCCAGGGAUGCGAGCGCCGUCGCCAACACUCGCGUGGAUUGGCUCGAGACGCCCGAAGCGCACGUCUUCAAGGCCGAUCUCCCGGGGCUGAGCAAGGAGGAGGUGAAGAUCAGCAUGGAGGAUGGCCGCACUCUCCAGAUCAGUGGCGAGAGGAAGAAGCACGAGGCACAGAAGAGCGAUAAGUGGCACCGCGUGGAGCGCAGCUAUGGGAGCUUCCUGAGGAAAUUCCGACUGCCCGAGAGCGCCAACGUGAAUGCGAUCAAAGCCCAAGUGGAGAACGGCGUCCUUACCGUCACAGUUCCAAAAAUCCCCAAGCCACAGCCGAGAACCAUCCAAGUAGAGUAGGAAGUGUGAUCUUGUAAAUUAGGGGUCUUGAGAAAGAGAAUGGGAAAAGUCAAAUAAAGAGCCCCCUUUUUUCUUACA